UUCCGUCCUCGUGCUCACGAUAAUAGUUAGGACUCUGGCGCUAUAGCCAUCUGGAUAGUUAAGACUCCCCUGGCUGGAUAAACAUGAGCGAAACGGCAGGCUUAAACAUUGAUGACCUGUUUUUUUGUACACUGCUGAAAGAAGGUGGAGUGCAUGAGCCCAAAGUUGAACAGUUGAUGGGCAAAUUGAGGAGGCUGCAACAAGGUAAAAGAGCCCUGGAGGAGGAAAUUAAGGAGAUCAAAUCAGUUAGCGACUCUUUGCAGCAAGAGCUGGAAACUUUACAAACUGAAGCAUAUGAACUUGAAGGAAUCCAUAAAGAAAAAGAAGAGGUGUGCAGGAAGCUGCAGUUCCAGUGUGAGGAGUCUGAGCAGGACUGUGCCAGGCUGUUAAAGCAGAACAGGAAAAGUGACGAACUGCUGGAACAGUACAAAUGUGAAAUCCAGGAAUUCAAGCUUAAACACCGGAAGCAGCGGAUGAGGUUUGAAAACCAACUUUAUCAACUGAUAGAGCAGCAUAAGAAUCUGCACUCUGUCUUUACUCCAGAAAGGCUCCCAGAUGAAAUAGAGAGUGCUGUGACUACGAAAAGUCAGCUGUUAUCAGCUGAACAAAUGAAGUUGGCUCAGCUGCACCGCCUCGCUGAAGAGCUAGAAGAGGUGAAGAAACAGAAGCAGACAGCUGCAGAGACUCAGGACGAGUGAAACUGCAUGUUUGCAGGUAGUUUUAAAAAAUCAGAGGUAAUAGUUUAAACCUUAAAUCUCCCAAAGGUAUGCUUCUGAAUUGAAUCAGUCCAAGGGUUGCAAACCUAAAACUUCAGUUAACCUCAAAAUGAAAUGAAAAUAACCAGAAUUUUAGUCACGACUUCUAUCUUCAUCUAUACCAGUGACAUCCAAGUAAAAUGUUAGACAAAACUGUGUUUAUUCCCGUGUCGUUGGCACAAGUAUUUGAUGUUUUUAUAUUAAUUGUUGUAUAACCAUAGGCCUGUCAUCCAGUUUGUUGCUUGAAUUUGUGCCAAAUUUAAUGUUUUAAUGGAAUAUGAAAUAUUUUACAGUUUGUGACUGGUGUUUUUCAGAUUGUCAGGUGCCAGUUGUAGUACCCUGUACGGUACUAUGUUCAUCUUACUUAAAUAUUGCGUAUUGAUAUAAUAUAAAGGUGUUCAUAUAUUUAAAAAUAUGAAGUGUUUGUUUAAGUGUU